AUGUCCGCCAUUCCCUCGCCGGCGCGCCGGCGCGCGUCCCUCGUGGGAUCACCCACUCCCCAGUCACCACACUCCCAGCUGCCGCGGCCUCAGUCCGCCUCUGGCCGCUACCGCAGCUACGGACCGCCGCCGAGCGACCCGAUACCCUCGGUCCCCUCCAGCAGCAACAGGAGCUCAUCACCGACAGCCGAGGACAACGCGGACAAGGGGCAGGUGCGCGUAGUACUCCGUAUCCGCCCAUCUGAGCCCGAGGACCCUAAUAUUCCGUCUCGUCAUCGGUCCGUGCUGGUUCACCCGACGUCGUCGACCGAAGUCCGAGUGAGCGUCGACCCUGCGACGCUGGCGGGUUCUGCGUCGGUCGCGUCCACCAGCAAAAGGCACCCGACGUUCACCUUCGACCGCGUUCUCGGCGAGCAGGCGUCCCAGAUUGAUCUCUACAAUGUCACGGCGCGCGAGAGGAUUGAAGAGUUCCUUCGCGUCGUACUCGAUGGAACGACUGGAGACGAAGAGGACUACCUCGACCUGUCGGACCACUCGCGAGCUGGUCUGAUUCCCCGCACCGUCGAGCAGGUCUUCCGCCGAGCAGAGGAGAUCCGCUUGCAGUCUGGUCCUGGCGCCAGCUGGGAGUGCCGCGUCUCCUUCCUGGAGCUGUACAAUGAGGACCUCAUCGACCUGCUGAGCAACACGAACAUGCCCGUCUCGAUCCGCGAGAACCAGGACGGCCGCAUCGUGUGGUCCGGCGUUCGCGAGAUCAAGGUCGCCAACGUGUCUGAGGUCAUGCAGCUCCUUAGCGAGGGAUCGCUCCGCCGAAGGACCGGCGAGACCAACAUGAACCAGACCUCGUCGCGUUCGCACGCCAUCUUUGCUCUGACGCUCAUUCAGACCCGCCGGGCAGACAGUGGCAACAGCGACGCUCCCAGCGGACGGAUGACGCCGUCAAGGCGGCCGAUGUCUGUUGCCGGAGGUAACGGGUCCCGGUCUACGACGCCGGUCUUCACCCGUGCCCAGCCUCCUUCGAGCUACAGCAAGCUCAUGCGCCCAUCUAGCAUGUACACGGGCGGGGGCGCCCCGGCGCCUCACAGCGAGGAUGAGCUUGUUGUCGUGACCAGCAAGUUCAACCUCGUCGAUCUUGCUGGUUCCGAGCGCCUCAAGCGAACGGGCGCCCAAGCCGAGCGCAUGAAGGAGGGUAUCUCGAUCAACAGUGGUCUGCUUGCCCUCGGAAACGUCAUUUCUGCUCUUGCCGAACCCGCCAAGAACCGCGGACACGUUCCGUACCGUGACUCUAAACUGACGAGAUUGCUGCAAGACUCGAUCGGCGGAAAUGCAAUGACCACGAUGAUCGCCUGUAUCUCGCCUCUCGAGUACAACAUCUCGGAAACCAUCAACACGAUCAACUAUGCGUCGCGCGCGCGUAGGAUCAAGAACUCGGUCAGCAAGAAUCAGUCCGAGGUGGGCUGGGACGACAUCGACUACCUCCGUAACACGGUGCUCAAACUCCGGACCAAGAUCUCAACCCUGGAGGCUAACCCUGGGGCUGCGGUGCGAAGUGCCGGUCGAUUUGAGUCUUCAGUCGAUGAGGAGGCGCUCGCCCGUCAAGUCAUGGAGCUCACCGACAAGCUCGCCGAUCUGGAGGACGACUUCAGCCACUUACAAGACCAGUACUUUGAAAAGUGUCGGGAGAUCGUCGCGCUCAGCGAUCCGGACGCGCUGGAGGACGACAAGCUUAGGCAGUUCAACGAGACGAUCGAGCCGGUCGUUUUGGAGUACGAAAAGGUCGUCACCUCGCUCAACAAUCAGCUUGCGAUGCUCCGUGCUGAGGCUGCCGCCCGUGAGCAGUCGCACGAAGAGCAGGCACAUGACUUGAUCAAGACGCAAGAGCGACUUUCGGAGCACGAGAGUUAUGUUACCGAGCUUCAGGGUCGUCUCACGAAGCUCACUGCCCGCAACGAGUCGUCCGAAGCGUACAUUCGCGACCUCGAGCAAAAGUUCCGCAACUUUACCGACAACGACGAUCGCCAGACCGAUGUCAUCGCCGGCCUCAGCAAGGAGAUCCAGGACCUCAAGGCCGAGUCUGCUAAGAGCAACACGUACAUCACGCAACUCGAGCAGCGCAUCGCCACGGCGGACAACCGCGCGACGGAGCUUGCGGACCUCGUUGAACGAUACGAGCGUGAGGCCGAGGAGCGCGAGUCCACCGUUCGCGACCUCGAGUCUCGCAUGGCCAUGGUCGACAACCAGCAGGACGUCAACCUGCUCCUGGAGGAGCUCGAGUCUCGGGAACGCCGUAUUCAGGAGCUCGAGGACAAGCUGUCCAAGAGCAAGGCCCAGACUUUGCUCGCCGGCGCUGCGGGAGCUGCCACUGCCUCUGCCGCCACCGUCGCUGUUUCCCGCUCCGCCGCCGACAUGCCUGAGGACGUUGACGAGGAUGACGAUGACCUCUCAAUUGUCUCCCGGCCAUCUAUGGAGGCCAAGCAGGGCGAGCCCGAGAUUCCAAAGCCCGAGGAGCCUGAGGUUGAGGCCAAGGCCGAGGUGAAGGACAAGGCGGCUGAGGAGAGCUCGAAGGAGGUUGCCGAAGAGGUCCCCGAGAAGCUCGAGACGCCGACAGUGAAGGAGCCUGAGGCUGAGGAGGCCGAGACGGCUGCCACCAAUGGGCACGUCGAGAUGCCUCGCGAGAUCGACCUUUCCGACGAUCUGCCUGAGGAGGUUGAGGCCGCGGGGGACGCGGACAUCACGCCGAAGAAGUCGGCUGUAUCCCCGACCGUUGCUCUCGCCAAGGACGUCCCCGUUCCUGCUCUUGAACCGUCUCACGACGCGCCCAAGUCGACGAGCCCGACGCCACCCGAGACCCCUGCCCUGCGCACGAUUGCUGAGGACUCUGAGUCCGAGGUUGACAUUCUCCGCAAGGAGAACGAGGCCCUCCUCAUGCGCCUCCGUGAGAUCGAGAUGCGCCACGAGAUGCAGCACCCUGCAACUCCUGCCCUCGAGCCCCCAUCAGAGCACGACGAGGAGCUUGAGGACGAGGACGAGGAGCGCGACGGCGACUCGACCACGAACAACAAGCGCGGAUCCACCGGCAACGAGUCGAGCGAGAGCGAGACGACGCUGCAGACGCCCAAGCUUGCGAGCCGCGCUGUCUCCCCCCAGAUCCACACCGACGACCCCCUCUCUCUCCAGCGCUCGCCUUACGCUGCGUUCCGCGCCAACUCAAUUGACGCGCGCCGCAUCAACAGCGAGCGCAUCCUGCGCCCCCUCUCCCUCUCCCAGAGCAUCAACGGCUUAGCGUACAUGAGCAACUCGCCUCGCUACUCCUGGAGCCCGCCUGCUAACGGCAACGGUACUCUCACCGCGUACGAGCGAUCGCCAAAGUUCGACCGUUCGCCGAAGCGUCAGUCGAUGCCCUUCGAGUCGAAGCCGAUGCGCUCCGUGCAGAGCCUCGAGAUCGACAUCAACCUGCUGCAGAAGGCCGUCACGGACCGUGACGCCCAGCUGAAGCAGCGCGAGGCCGAGAUCAAGUACCUGAAGAAGACGCUUGAGCAGGGUACGACGCCAGCGUCGUUCGACACGGAGGACGUCAUUGAGCGGUUGCGCCGCGAGCACGCCGACGAGAUUGACAAGAUCUUUGUCAACCACGCGCGCUCGAUCACGGCGCUCGAGGACGAGCACAACAACACGGCGCGCGCCAUCCGACAGAAGCUCGAGGAGACGCUCGCCCAGCACAAGACAGAGAUGGAGGAGCUGCGCGAGGAGCACGCCCGCAAUCUCGCCGACCUCGAGACACGGCAUACCGAGGAGCGCGGUGAGGAGAGCGACAUGAAGUCGGCUCUUGACGCGGCCUGGGAGGAGCUCGCGGCCACGGGACGGCGCCACCAGCAGGAGCGCGACAACCUCGUUGCUUCGCACAACAAGGAUAUCGCCGAGGUCGAGCAGCGCCACGCCGAUGUCCUGUCCAAGCUGCAGAACGAGCUCACCGCCUCUUCCGCUGCUGUCGAGUCGCUCCGUGAUGAGCUCGCCGCCGCCAACGAGGCCAAGCUCAGGGCCGAGCAGGAGCUGUCGGAGCGCACGUCGCCCGCUGCUCUUGCCGCCGCUGCCGCUGCCGCUGGUCUCGCUGCGGGUGCUGCCGGUGGCGCGGCUGCCGCCUCGCACGACGAGGACAUGGUGCCUGCCGAGGAGCACAACAUGAUUGUGCAGGCCAUGGAGGAGAUGGAGAAGGAGCUGCAGGCCGCCGAGGACGAGAAGCGCCAGCUCAAGAUGAAGGCAGACCAGUUCAAGUUUGAGCUCUCCAAGAUCAGGGACGAGCACGAGGUGCAGCGCUCCGCGGACCUGAACAAGCUCGCCGAGCUGGAGAAGCGCUGCUCUGUGCUGUCCGCUGAGGCGGCCGACCUCAAGUUGCAGAACCAGGAGCUGUCCAAGAACCGGGACUCGAAGCAGAUGAUCGACCGCAGCUCGCGCUCCAAGCUGCCGCCUAUCGGGCCGCCGCCCACUGCGCCGCUCCCGCCACUCCCGGCGGGACGGGAGGCGAUCCUGUCUCCGACGCUCACGAACGCGUCUCUCCCCGGACGAACGAGCGCGCACGAGGGCAGCGUCGAGUCGGCCCGUUCCAGCAAGUACGACUCGCACGAUGGCCACGCGGUCUCGCUGCGUCCCGAGAGCCUCGUCACUGUCGCUGAGGUCGAGAAGGCGCUUGCGGAGCGCGAGGAGGCGCUCGCUUCGUUAACCGAGGCUCGCGACAAGCUCAUCGAGCUCGAGUCCUCGCUGGGCAGUGCGCAGAAGGACAACGAGGCGUUCACGAAGGAUCUGAUCGAGCUGCGCAAGAACAACUCGAAGCUCAAGGUGCGCGUCGACGACGUGAACCGCGAGAUGGCCGAGCUCAAGCGCGAGCGCGACUCGCUCCGCCGCGACCUCGUCGAGAUCAAGAACGAGCUCGCCGACUGCCAGUACGAGCGCAUCGCGGACCGACAGCGCCUCGAGGCGUCCAAGACCGAGCUUGCGCAGUGUAAGGCCAAGCUCGACCGCAUGGUCGACGCCAAGGUCAGCAAGCGCUCGGACCAGAAGCUCAAGUGCUUCUAA